UGAAGGGCGGAAGUAGAGUGUCUAAUCCUGCAGUCAUGGCGCAGGAAGAGGAAGAUGUUAGAGAUUACAAUUUGACUGAAGAACAGAAGGCGAUCAAGGCCAAGUAUCCGCCAGUCAAUAGGAAGUACGAGUGUGAGUAGGUGGCUUACUUCUCUCUUUACAUAUUUGGAUCAUACAGCAGAUGUCCAGUGAGUAUAGCAGGAGUUCAUUCCUUUGAAACCACGUCAAUAGGAAGACUGAAUGUUUCAAUCUUGGUUACACGCAUGGGGAGAUACUCUGGAGGAAGCAUUCGAGCAAUGUGCAAUGGCCAUGUUUGGUUACAUGACAGAUACUGGGACAGUGGAGCCCCUCCAAACAGUAGAAGUAGAAACCCAAGGAGAUGACUUACAGUCUCUUCUGUUUCACUUUUUGGAUGAAUGGCUUUAUAAGUUCAGUGCUGAUGAAUUCUUCAUACCCCGGGAAGUGAAAGUACUUAGCAUUGAUCAAAGAAAUUUCAAAUUACGAUCAAUUGGGUGGGGAGAAGAAUUUUCAUUGUCCAAGCACCCUCAGGGAACAGAAGUCAAAGCAAUAACAUAUUCAGCAAUGCAGGUCUAUAAUGAAGAGAAGCCGGAAGUUUUUGUGAUCAUUGACAUUUAAGACACCAAAAAAUAAAAGACUCCUAUGAAGAA